GUGUCCAUUUUAGAGAGAGAGAGAGACUGGCCUCUCACUUUCUCUCUCUACUACAGUCCAUCAUCAUCACUAUUACUGCUCAAUAUUCAGCAUUCACUAUUCUCACCACAUUUUUUCUCUCUCCCCACCUAAAACCCAGAAUUUUGACUUUUUUUUAAAGGAAAAAAACCCUUUUCUCUCUCCUCCGUCAGCCGGAGCAAAGUGAAAACAAUGAGGAGAGAGAAGAGAUUUUUUUUUGCUCUUUUGUAUGUUUUGUUUCGUGAUUACAAAAGGGAAUAGAGUUUGAAGAAGGAUCAAACUAAUGCUUUGAUUCGUUUUUCGUGGAGGUAAGCUUCAAGGGGAGUUUUCGCUGUUCUCUAAUAUUUCUUAAGCUGCGUGUAUGGAAUGUGCGCACCUAGAAUCCCUAAAUUCCGAGUGAGUGUAGCAAACACCUGUUGUUUGUAUGUAUAGAUAUGUGAUCAUGAUGGUGAUUUUUCUUGAAGUUCAAUGAAGUUGGAGCAGAAAUGGUGGAUCAGUGGAGCAGGGUAGUGUUCAUUUGUUUACCUUUGUUUUUCUUUCUGUUUGGUCAUACAUUUGAGCAGCAAUUCUUAGUCUCGAGGCAAGAAAGAUUGGCGUUGCUUCAGUUAAGAUCUUCACUGGGGUUGAGGGCUAAGGAUUGGCCUAUAAAAUCCGACCCGUGUACUUCAUGGGCGGGUAUUCAAUGCUCAAAUGGCCGGGUUACUGGAAUCAAUAUUUCAGGGUUCAGGAGAACAAGGAGGGGAAGUCAAAACCCUCAAUUUUCAGUGGACGCCCUCCAAAAUUUGACUCUUCUAUCUUCAUUCAACGCCUCGCAUUUUAGAUUGCCGGGCUCAAUUCCUGACUGGUUAGGAUUGCAGCUUGCCUCACUCCAACUGCUUGAUCUUAGGUCUUGUUUGAUUAAUGGGGCUAUUCCAUUCACUCUUGGCAAUUUAAGUAGCUUAGUUGAACUGCAUUUGUCUAAUAACAAUCUUACUGGUGUAGUUCCAUCUAGUUUAGGUCAGUUAUUUGGGCUCUCUGUGCUUGAUCUUUCGCAGAAUUUGCUCACAGGGUCUAUUCCGGCAACGUUUGCUGCACUAGGGAACCUUACUUUGCUGGACAUGUCUUUGAAUUUCUUGUCUGGAGUUAUUCCUCCUGGAAUUGGGACUUUGUCUGGGUUGCGGUUCUUGAAUCUUUCAGGGAACAGUUUGUCUUCUACAAUACCUGCCCAACUCGGUGAUCUUUCUAGUCUGGUUGAGCUUGAUCUUGGAUUUAAUUCAUUGUCAGGGUCAGUGCCUGCGGAGUUGGGAGGGCUGGGAAGUUUGCAGCGAAUGGUACUUUGGAACAAUUUUCUUUCAGGACCAUUACCUGUUAAUCUCUUUCCUCCUUUGACUCGGUUGCAGUUUGUGGUUCUGAGUCAUAAUGCUUUCAUUGGUGAGUUUCCAGAAGUGCUGUGGUCAAUUCCCUCGUUGCGAUUCCUUGAUGUGUCUGUGAAUAACUUUACCGGUGUAAUGCCUAGUGUCAGUUCAAUCGCUAAUGGAACUGUUGCCCUAUUUAACAUUUCCCAGAAUUUAUUUUAUGGAAUUCUUACACCUGUAAUUACAACGUUUGGUUUUAUUGACAUCUCGGGCAAUUACUUCGAUGGUCCAGUUCCGAUUUAUGCACGUGGCAACACAUCUCUUAGUAGGAAUUGCCUCCGAAAUGUGACUAAUCAGAGGACACGGACAGAUUGUGCCGCAUUCUAUGCAGACAGGGGUUUGGUAUUCGAUAACUUCGGAGAGCCAAAUGUCACUCAACCUCCUCAUCCUCCACCACAAUCUGACAAUAAGAGCCAUAAAUUAGUUAUUAUUUUAGCUUCUGUUUUGGGAGGUAUUGGGCUUAUUGGAUUUCUGGUAGUGAUAAUUGUACUGCUGUUUGUAUGCAUGCGCAAGAGGGAUACGACAAACCAAAGAGGUAACGGCGUGGGCCCUGUUCCAGCUGGCGAAAUUCCUGACCCUGGAGUAUCGUUGAACUUUUCCACUCUGGGAGAUGCCUUUACAUAUCAGCAGAUUCUUCAAGCCACCGGUGAAUUAAAUGAUGCAAAUCUGAUCAAGCAUGGUCAUUCCGGCGAUCUAUUUUGUGGAAGACUUGAAGGUGGAAUCCCUGUAAUAAUAAAAAAGAUAGAUUUGCAGUCAUCAGUCAAAAAGGAAGCAUACAUGUUAGAGUUGGAGCUUUUUAGCAAGGUUUCCCAUCCUAGAUUCGUCCCUCUCUUGGGUCAUUGUUUGGAGAAUGAGAAUGAGAAGUUUCUUGUUUACAAACACAUGCCAAAUGGAGACCUGUCCAGUGCUUUGUUCAAGAAAACAAAUCCAGAUGACGACAGUUUACAAUCACUGGAUUGGAUAACAAGACUAAAAAUUGCAAUUGGAGCUGCUGAGGGUCUGACUUACUUGCAUCAUGAAUGUACUCCACCACUUGUUCACAGGGAUGUUCAAGCCAGCAGCAUACUUCUUGAUGACAGGUACGAAGUCAGGUUAGGAAGCUUGAGUGAGGUUUGUGCUCAAGAAGGUGACAGUCAUCAAAGUAGGAUCACAAGGUUGCUGCGGUUGCCACAGACAUCAGACCAAGGUGUUUCAGGUUCAGCGAACACAACAUGUGCUUAUGAUGUAUACUGCUUUGGGAAGGUUCUGCUCGAGCUUGUAACCGGUAAGCUGGGAAUUAGUUCCUCCACCGAUCCCACCACAAAGGAAUGGUUGGAAGCAACAUUACCUUACAUUAGCAUAUAUGACAAGGAGCUCGUCACAAACAUCGUGGAUCCAUCAUUAAUCAUAGAUGAGGAUCUCCUCGAGGAAGUCUGGGCCAUGGCUAUUGUUGCUAGGUCUUGUCUAAAUCCCAAGCCUGCUCGUCGGCCCCUAAUGAGGUACAUCCUUAAAGCUUUGGAAAAUCCUCUUAAGGUUGUAAGAGAAGAGCAGACUAGUUCAGCCAGGCUUAGAACCACGUCCUCUAGAGGCUCGUGGAAUGCUGCUCUUUUCGGCAGCUGGCGACAUAGUUCUUCAGAUGUUGUGGCCACGUCAGCAGCAAUGACUUCUCACAAAGGUGAAGGACCAAGCAGUUUUAAGCAGUCAGGAACGACGGGUUCCCAAGGGAGCGGUCAGAAUGGGGAGGGGAAUGGUCACUCGUCUUCAACUAGACGGCAGUCUAAGGAUAUCUUUCCGGAGCCUUUGGACGAGCAGGAUCCAGAGAGAUUGCAUGAGGAUUAAAUAGGGGAGUAGAUGGUUUCUUGAUUCUUUGCCAAUAAUUAUGGCAGGCUCCAGAUUUUGAUGUCUUCGCUGCUUAGUGUCCUGCUGUACAUUCUCCUCCCCUGUGAUGUAUGCUGGGGAUAACAAGCCAGAUUCAUGAUCAGUUGCAUUCCUUGGAAGUUACUCUGUUUCUUGGACGAAAAAUGGACGUGAAGCCAAUGGCGUGUUUGUUGCAAGAGUGACAGCCAACUGUUUGCAGAUUUAGAAGAGUUCUUUUCUUUCUUCUUGUUUAGAUUUGCUGGGCAGGUUUUAGAAAUAGCAAGGGUCGGAUGGUGGUGGUUCUUUUGUUCUUUGUUUCGAGGCUUGUUUUUGGUUAAACAAGCUGCAAUUUUUUUGUUUUUUUGGCUGUAAUUUACAUGUUCUAUCUGUCUUUGGUGAAAUGUACAUUUUAUGACAUUUUGGAUAUGCGUCUUCCAAU